GCAGCUUUCUAAAGGCUUCUAUAAUGCAAAGACAUUGGCUUUUUAUUCUGAUAAAGAUUUGUCUCUUUUUUCUAAUAAAGAUAAAAAUAAAAAUAAUAAUAUAAGAAAUAAUAAAACUAAUAAAACUAAUGAAAUUGAAGAAAAGGAUAAAGAGAUUGUAUUAUAA